AUGAUGGCCUGCUUAUUAGAUGCGCAUCGAGCAGUAUUCAUUUUAUACAAAAUAGGAUAUCCAAUCCCACAGCAAAAUGGCGGUGUUAAAGCCAGAAUUGCUAUUUCUCUUGAUGCAAUACAACUCAAGCUUUUCUAUUGGGCAGAAAAUCCGGAUAAAAAAUCUGACAAAGCGUCAUUGUCACAAUCUGACAGUCAUCUUUCUUCUGUUUCUACACCCACAGCUCAAACUAGAAAUACAAGUUCUCAACCUUCUGUACAUGUAUAUCCUUUUGCAAACCAUUCGGACAGCAUUCCUAUCGAAGAUAUAAAAAAUGUAAAUGAAAUACUCAAAAGUGGAGAGUUUAAUGACAUGUUCAUUUUUCUGGCAAUGCCGCUGUACAUAUUACCCCUCAUGAGAAUGGAAGUGCAGGUCCAAGUGUGA